CUUUGCAUGUCUUCUUAAAACAAUUGUUAUCAUAGUUGAAAGAUGGAUAUAGAAUCUUCUUCUUCACCUUCAAAUCCAAUUCACGUAAUGCUCGUGGCAUAUGUAGGACAAGGCGGCAUCAAUCCUCUUCUUCGUCUUGGCAAGCUAAUCGCUUCAAAGGGACCACUCGUUACUUUCGCCAUUCCAGAGUAUCAGUUGAGUAAAAUGAGACAAGCCAACAAGAUCGUCGACGGGGAGCUUAAACCGGUUGGUUCUGGUUCAAUACGAUUUGAGUCUUUCGACAAAGAAUGGACAGAAGACGAUGUCCAAAGAGGUAGUAUCCCUUUAUACAUUUCACAUCUCGAGAAUAUCGGAAAACGUGACCUGUCUGAACUCGUGAAAAGAUACAAGAAAAAAAACGAGCCCGUCUCAUGUCUAAUCAAUCAUCCCUUCAUUCCAUGGGUUUGUGAUGUGGCGGAAGAGUUCAACAUUCCUUGUGCACUUCUCUGGGUCCAGUCUUGCGUUUGCUUCUCUGCUUACUACCAUUACCAAAAUGGCUCUGUUUCUUUCCCAACAGAGAAAGAGCCUCGGAUUGAUGUUAAGCUCCCAUAUGUUCCUCUCUUGAAACACGACGAAAUCCCUAACUUUCUCCAUCCUUCUUCUCAAUUUGCCGCAUUGCGACAAGCGAUUCUUGGACAGUUCAAGAAUCUGAGGAAGCCCUUCUGUGUUCUAAUUAAUUCUUUUGAUGCUCUCGAACAAGAAGUGCUGGACCACAUGUCUACUUUAUGUCCAAUCAAAGCUAUUGGACCACUUUCUAUAUUCGCUAAGGCGGUGAACUCUGUUGUAAGUGCUGACAUGUGCAAACCAUCAGAUCAAUGCCUUGACUGGUUAGACUCAAGACCAAAAUCAUCUGUUGUCUACAUUUCUUUCGGGACGGUUGCAUACUUCACGCAAGAACAAAUGGAAGAGAUCGCUCAAGGAGUUUUGAAAUCGGGUUUAUCCUUCUUGUGGGUGAUUAGACCUCCACAAGAAAUACUAAAGCUCAAGACUAAUGUAUUGCCUCAAGGACUACUAGAGGCGACUAGUAGAGGUAAAGGAAUGAUUGUGGAAUGGUGUCCACAAGAGCAAGUCUUGGCUCAUCCUUCAGUAAUGUGCUUCGUCACUCAUUGUGGAUGGAAUUCGACAAUGGAAGCUUUGUCUUUUGGAGUUCCGGUGGUUUGUUUACCGUUAUGGGGAGAUCAAGUCACCAACGCAGUUUAUCUCAUUGAUGUUUUCAAGAUAGGAGUUAGGCUUGGGCGUGGAGCGAUGGAGGAUAGAGUUGUGCUGAGGGAGGAAGUGACAGAGAAGCUUUUGGAAGCGACAGUUGGGGAGAAAGCGGAGGAGUUGAGGAAGAAUGCUUUGAAAUGGAAGGCGAAGGCAGAAGCCGCAGUGGCUCCUGGAGGAUCAUCAGAUAAGACUUUAUGCGAGUUCAUGGAGAAAGUUAGGUGUGGGAGUUUCAAAGGUUAAAGUGACUUAAUUCGUAAGAAAAGUCCAACAUGUAUGCAUACCUUAUUAAUUUUUGAAAACGUGUUGUUGGGUCUGCAAGAGAGAAUGCGCGUGAGAUAAUAAUAAUUGAGAGACAUACAUGUACUACCAUUUAUUAAUUUUAGGAAUGGAAGGAAAGUGGAUUGAUACAACGAAA